AUGGAUCUCCAAAAGCCGAAAAAGUCUCGACCGGACACUCAUGACCAGGAUGACAGUUCCGACUACCGAGUAAAUGGAUAUGGACCAGCAGGGGUCAUGGAGAACGACGACACUGAUCCUCGACAGGAUCUUGAGCAUGAAGUCACUGUCAAAUUGGACCCGAAGCGGGAUAUCUCAAGCUCUUCGACUUUGCAGCCGCUUGUCAAGACUCCAAGGCUCAUGACACUCCCACUUAGGCGCCGCGUCUCGCGCAUCACGGCUGCACGCAUCCCGAAAGGCAUACCGUUGGACUCCCGUCAAAAGACCCGACUACGCUAUGCCGAUAUGAUCCCGCCCGUCACCAAAGAGACCCUCAGCGAGCUGGACCUAGAACGCAUCAUGCAAAACAUACAACUUCGGGUUGAUGCGAAUUUCGAAUCUGGUCUUCACUUCUUGCUCGAUUUAAACGGAGAAAAGGGCAGGCAGAAGAAGCUUAUGACGGACGAGUACUGGGAAGCGCUUUCGAUAGAGAUCACCAUCUACACAUAUGUCAACAUGAAUCGUCCUCGUACUAGCGAGAUUGACAUGGUUCAUGUGCCGGAUAUGAUGACCUUGAUGAAGGACGAGAACCUCUUCCAACCGCGAUUGCCGAUCAUGUUUGAGACUCUGCAUGGUAUUCUUAUGACUCUUGUUCCUGAGAAGGAUCAUCCGAGCGUUUCGCAAAACCUUGAUAUCUCGCAUUUGAUGCAGCAGGUACACAAAGGUGUUCUCGACCUUGUCAGCCUUUCAAAGUGGCUCGCAGAUCUCCUAAAGAUGCAUUGUGCUCCGAUGAGGGAUCAUCUCGCUGACGAAAUGGCUUCGGAAAUUGGCACAGGAUCCACGCAAGCGGACGUAGGAACGCAGGACGUUGCGAAUCAUCAAUUAGGUGCAUACCAAAUCGUAUUGAUCGAAAACACGAUUCCUUUUCUUCAAGACUAUUUUUCGCGACGUAUCACAGCACGCGAGUUCAAGGUUGACGAAACAAAAGCAUGGUACCUGGGCCUCCAGCAGCGAAUGCCGGAAUCACUAAAGAACGUCACGAAUCGAUCCUUUUAUCCAAUGUCAGUUCUACUGUACGGAUUGAGUGAACAAAUCUUGCUGUCAGACCACGAAGUGAUACUGCCCGAGCCUUUCGAAUUUGAUUUAGCCCGUCUGUGGCGACUUCGGUCCGAGCUCCAAAGAAUCAUCAAUGUGCAUGUUUGCUGGUCGAUCCUUGAAUCUUUAUUUCAAUGUCUGAAUGUAAAGCGCCCUUUCAACUCCAAAAUUCAUUCAUCGUUUGUGAUGCGCAUAUUGGCGCUCUUGGAAGAGGACAACGAUUCGCAGUCAAAAUCUUCUAGUCUAGGUACACGGCUACCAAGCGACUCUGCCGUUGCGAUGGAAAUAGCGCGAACAGUGUGUGUUGCUAUUGGACAAGUAGAUGAGGUAUCGGACGACGUUCUGCAACAGGUCGAAGAAGCUGUCAAAAAGUCAUUUGCCAGCGACUCUGUUCCAUUGCAGCUAGUUCGCAACUAUGUGCAUCAGCAUUUAUUACAGGCUACUUGUGAAGUUGCGCAGCGAUAUGUCAGCAUGACUCCACUUGAAAUCUGCGAGUCGCAGCGACGACAGGCAUACCUUCAAUCUUCGUCCUCGGACUUCAGCUUUAUUGCAACAAAACUCGCUCAUAUCGGAGUUUUACACUGGCGAGUGUGGGCUCCUCUAGUUUACGUUCCACAGGCGGCGGUUGUUCAUGAGCUCAGCGCUGAGCCAUGA